UUAAGGCCUGCAAGAUCUAAUCCCUUUCUCUCUCCUGCCCUGAGAAGGCCAAGGAGGCAGAGUGGGCAGCUUUGCAAGAAAGGGCAGAUUCUGGGAAGGGAGGGGGGUCCCUAUUGGGGAGCCAGAAGCUGCAGGCAGUGGAGUCCAUGAAGGAUAAGAAGAGCGAAGAAGAAGAAGGUGAUCCCCACUUAAGUCCUUAAGAGAUGUUAAUGGUCCGAUGCUGAGAAUGACACACUGAGUCCUAGGAACCUUUCUCCGAGGCGCUCAAGCUCUAUGGUGUCUAUGGCUCUCCUACAGUUUAUCUUCACAGCAAUUCUGCCAGUGGUGUCAUGCAAAAGCAGCCAGAGCACCCCUUCCUAUGGAUGCUGAGCCCCUGGAAUGGAUUGGCGGCACUCUGGAGCCUGGUUUCUAUUGCGGUGGACAGCGCUCUCUUCCUUUGGCGGAUUAUCUGGGCUGCUCUGCUCCUUUACAAGCUUUUCUGGGAAGUCAUCUUCCAGCUGGUGCAGGAGGGCUGCUCCUCGUUGUCUUCGUGGCUGGAGGAGGCUGGAGAUGUCACCCAUGGGGACAAGACCCUCUCCUCACCGCUAGAGAGCCCCCGGCCCUGGGAUACAGGAGCUGAGCGGCACCUGGAAGCGCAGGUAAUGCGACUGCAGGCGUCCAGCAAUGCGGCUCUGGGGCGCCUCUCUGCCCUGGAGUCAGGAGUCCGGUACCUGAGCCAGGAGCUGCGAUCUGAGAGGCUCUUGUGGAGCAGUCGCUACCUGGAGCUCCUGCGGGAGCAGCAAGGCCUGGCUGUGCAGUUGCAAAGGCAGGAGCAAAGGCUGUGGCCCUUAGACCUGGAAGGACUGAGUGGAGUCCCUCAGGAGAUGCUAUCUCAGCGCUGGGACCCCCAUGAAGAAGAAGAGGAGGAGGACCCAGGCCAUCCCACUGUGCGACCUGGACCCAAGUGGGCUGCAAAAGACCGACUAACUCCAUGAGGUUGCAGAGAACAUGCCAUGGCUUGGGGAGAACGUUUUGAACCUGGCUCUCCUGCCUCAAAGGCUGGACUAAGACCAGUGGUCCGAUCCAAUGAAUAAAGAAAGAGCACUGCACCAAGGUGGACCUAGACUCAAAGCAGGAGGCUCUGCAAUGGUUGUGUCUUGGUUAAGCUUCCAUGCGCCAGUUGAGGUCCAGGCUGCAAUGAACAGGACAGGGCCCAGAGGGAGCCAAAGGCACACAGAGCAGCACGAAACUUUACCCGAAAGGCAGAGAGGAGCAAAGCUGCAAAUCUUGAGUCCUGACAGACUAGAGAGCUGAUUGGCCAAAACUAACAAAAUGAAUCUCAACAAGGACAAAUGUAAGAUACUACACGUAGGCAGAAAGAAUGAAAUGCAAAGACACAGAAUGGGCAAUGCCUAGCUUGACAACAGUCCAUGUGAAAAAGAUCUUGGAGUCUUCAUGGACAACAAGCUGAACAUGAGCCAACAGUGUGAUGCAGCAGCUGAAAAAGCCAAUGCGUAUUUGGGCUUCAUCAAAAGGAGUCUAGUGUCUGGGUCAAGAGAAAUCAUGGUGCCUCUCUAUUCUGCUCUGGUGAGAUUUCACCUGGAAUACUGUGUCCAAUUCUGGGCAAAUAUAUUCAAGAGGGAUAUUUACUCUUGACCUAUAAAACCCUAUAUGGUUCUGGCCCAGCAUACCUGUCCGAAUGUAUCUCCUUCUAUGUCCCACCUCGGAGUUUAAGAUCUUCUGGGGAGACCCUGCUCUCGGCCCCACCUCUGUCGCAAAUGCGCUUGGUGGGGACAAGGGGCAGGGCCUUCUCGGAGGUGGCUCCCCGCCUGUGGAAUUCACUCCCCGGUGAAAUUAGAUUAUCGGCGUCCCUCCUUUCCUUUAGAAAGAAGUUAAAAACAUGGAUGUGGGACCAGGCCGUCGGGUAAUCUUGCUGACAAUGACAGUUACAAUGAUGACAAUCGCUAUGGACUAUGGACAUGCUUGAUGGAGUCUCUAACUACAGAAUUCAGCUGAGAUAAGACCACCAGGCUGUUAUAGCAACAGAAACAGAUUUUGAUUAAUUAAUGUGAUUUAAUGUUUUAAAUGUAUGUAAUUAUUGGAAUUUAUUAUGUAUUUUAUUAUGUGUACAUUGGAGGCAUCGAAUUGUUGCUGGCUGGAAGCCCCCCUGAGUCCCCGUCCCCCACCCCUCAGUACAAAUAUCUGAAAUAAAUAAAUAAAUAUGUUGGGAAGUAUCCAGAGGAAGAGGGCGAUUAAAAUGAUCAAAGGCCUGGAGACCAUGAAUAAUUCCUCUGAGGAGGAGCGGCUUAAAGACCUGGGUCAGUUUAGUUGACCAUGGUAUCUUUCUGGGCCGUUUUGCUGGGAUGGGACUGGGAGGCACUGAUAUACAGUGGCUCCGGUCCUUCCUGGAGGGCUGCACCCAGAACGUAGUGAUGGGAGACUCCUGUUUGAACCCCUAGCAAUUGACCUGUAGGGUUCCUUGGGGUUCCAUUUUGUCCCCCAUGCUGUUUAACAUAUACAGUAGAGCCUUGCUUAUCCAACCUUUGCUCAUCCAACGCAGUCUGCCUCCUGCACGAAUCCACAGCUGUUUCAAUACAUUGUGAUGUUUUGGUGCUAAAUGAGUAAAUACAGUAAUUACUACAUAACGUUACCAUAUAUUGAACUGCUUUUUCUGUCGAUUUGUUGUAAAACAUGAUGUUUUGGUGCUGAAUUUGUAAAAUCAUAAUGUAAUUUGA